AUGUCGCUAAGCGAAGCUCGGCCCUUGCCAUUCAACCAGCCCAGCGCUCGCCGCAACGCCCACUUGGGUUACGAGGCGACGUCAACAAAGUACGGUACAGAGAGGCUGAGACUGGAGUCUACCGCUGCUGGAGAUCGGCCUACCAGUUCCGCCGGAGUACCUACCUCAGCCUUCGAAGAUUGUAGGUGCCGACCUUACCGACCACCAAUCUCUCCAUUCAUCUCACCUCCCCAUCUGCUUCUCCUUCCCAAUAUCAACAUCUCCACAAUGCACGACCCAUUUCCGCUGCCGCCACCAAAGGCGCUUGUACCCUAUGUCCAGCCAGUGGCCGACUACCUCAACAUGAAGACGCUGCCCCUGCAUUUCCACGAGGUCAUGAUAGCCUUCGCCCUCUACGAGGCCAUCAAUCGAUACCUUGCCCCCGCCUUCUCGCGCUUCCUUUUUCCGCGAAUCUAUCCCUCGUUCAAUGCGCGAACAAAGCUCAACUGGGACGUGCACAUUGUGUCAUUUGUACAGAGCACGCUCAUCUGUGGACUGGCGCUAUGGGUGCUUCGGGCCGACGACGAGCUACGUCAGAUGGACACCAUCGAACGCGUAUACGGCUACACGGGAGCUUCUGGCCUGAUUCAGGCUUUCGCCGGAGGCUACUUUUUGUGGGAUCUGGUCAUCACGGUGCAAAAUGUGCGCAUCUUUGGCAUCGGCAUGUUGUUCCAUGCCAUUUGCGCGCUGUGCGUCUUCUCAUUAGGCUUCGUGAGUACCCCCAUCUCACCCUCUCAAGACCAGAAUAUUGACCGCCUACAGCGACCUUUCGUAAAUCACUAUGCCUGUACCUUUAUUCUCUACGAACUAUCCUCGCCCUUCCUCAACAUCCACUGGUUCUGCGACAAGCUCAACAUGACCGGUACAACUCUCCAGCUCGUCAAUGGCAUCAUCCUCCUCUUCACCUUCUUCUCCUGCCGCAUCAUUUGGGGCUCAUACCAAUCCGUCCGCGUCUUCGGUGACGUUUACCGCGCCUACAGCGCCGGUGCAGUCUCGCUCGCAGAUCUGCAACUUGCCAAGCUGAACGACAGCACCUUUGUCGGGAACUCGGGUUUCAACAACGACGUCCUUCAAUUUGCCGACGGCCAGACAGUCCCCCUGUGGCUUGCCGGUGCAUACUUGGCCUCCAACCUCAUUCUGAACAGCCUCAAUUGGUUCUGGUUCGGUAAAAUGAUCCAGACGUUGCGCAGCCGCUUCGACCCCCCAUUCGGCACGAAGAAGCAGACGCUUGUGGAUAAAAAGGUCAAACAGACACCAGAGGAUGAGAAAGUUCUGAUUGAGGGUAUAAACGUCUCUACUCCGGCGGCGCUGGAGAAAGAUGCUAAAGAUUAUAUCGAUGUAGCCGCGAACGGUGUGGUAACAGAGACGAGUAAGACUGGAACGCAUCUCGAGGUCAGGCAGAGUGAAAUUCGGAGUCGGACGAGUACAAGGAGGAGAGGGUAG